AUGAAGGCGCUUGAUUUAUUCGGUGAAAUGCAGGCAAAUAAUCUCAAGCCUAACAGAGUGACUUUGAUUAGUAUAUUACCAGUUUUUGCUGAGCUAGGCUCAAUAAAGCGUGGGAAAGAGAUUCAUGGGUUUGCUUUUCGACAUGGUUUUGAUUCAGAAUCUCGUUUUUCAACAGCGCUUGUGCACGUUUAUUCUGAGUGCAAGGGAGCAUCGCAGUAUGCUAAGCUUAUUUUUGAUAAGUGCACGAGGAAAGAUGUAGUGAUGUGGAGUGCUAUGAUUGCCGUCUAUUCGCGUAGUAAAGAUUGUGCUAGAGAAGCUAUUAGGUUAUUUGGUGAAAUGCAGAUGGAGGGAAUUCGACCCAACAGUGUUACUAUAUUGGCAAUGAUUUCUACAUGUACUAAUCUUCUAUCACUAAGCGAUGGUCAUGGAAUCCACAGCUACACUUUGAGGUGUGGCUUGAAUUCCAACUUGUUUAUUCAAAAUGCCCUUAUUAAUAUGUAUUCGAAGUGUGGUAGUCUUGAAGAUUCUGUUCAAGUAUUCGAGGAAAUGAGAAUAAGGGAUUCUGUUUCAUGGAGUGCGAUUAUUGGCGCAUAUGGACUUUAUGGUUAUCCAGAGGAAGCUUUGCGACUCUUCUACGAGAUUCAAGGGAGUGGUAUUAAGGCUGAUGCAAUAACAUAUCUUGCAAUUUUAUCCGCCUGCAAUCAUGCUGGUUUUGUAGAAGAGGGACUAAAGCUCUUUGACGAAGCAAUAAAAGACAUAAAUAUAUCUUUAACAAUGGAGCACUAUACAUGCUUUAUUGAUCUCCUGGGAAGGGCAGGAAAAAUCGAUGAUGCAUAUGAUGUCAUAGGCAGAAUGCCAAUGAAAGCAAACUCAAGAAUAUAUAGUUCCUUGAUCUCUGCUUGUAAACUUCAUGGGAGAUUGGAUGUUGCAGGAUUGCUAGCUCAUGAACUUGUUAGAUCAGAACCUGAUAGUGCUGCCAAUCAUGCUUUGCUAAGUAUGGUUUAUGCUGAAUCUGGUAACUGGCUUGGGGUGGAAGAAGUGAGGAGAGAUAUGAAGGAUAGAAAAAUAAGAAAGAACUAUGGCUUUAGCAAAAUUGAGCUAAAAAAAAGGAGUUUGUAA